GAUUUAACAUAUUAAAAGCUCUUUUUUUUCAUAAUUUUUAUCACUUUGAUUUCGUCUAGCAGUAAUAAAGGCAAAAAAAUGCGAAAGUUGGUUCUUUUGUUAACAAUAGUAGCCAGUGCCAUAACAUGGAAAAAAGAAAUGGAAAAUCCAAAUAUGUAUCAGGGAGACAUCCAGCUUACACCAGAUGAAGAAGAAAGGUUAAAAAAUAAAAUGAGUCCAUUUGGAUCAAUCAAAGAUAAAAGAUGGACAAACAAAAUAGUACCAUACAUGAUUGAUAAUACGAUAGAUGCUGGAACACGUCAAGCAAUUAACGAUGCAAUCGCAGAUUAUCACACUUACACUUGCCUUAGAUUUGUUCCGAGAAAAAGUGAACCAAACUACAUUAGGUUUACAAAAGGAGCAGGAUGCACUUCACCAGUAGGAAUGAGUGGUGGUGUAAAUGUAGUUUCUCUCGGAGAAAAUUGUGGUGAUAAAGGAACAGCUUUGCACGAAAUUGGUCAUAGUAUAGGGUUGUAUCAUGAACAAUCAAGACCAGACAGAGGAAAAUAUAUUAAAAUUCACUAUAACAACAUUGAUCCAAAAUAUGGCACAGCUUUUGCGUUUGACAUUGCAAAUGAUAUUGAUUCUUUGGGCACUGAAUACGAUUAUCGAUCAGCAAUGCAUUACAGCUCGGAAGCAUUUGCCAAGCCUGGUUUGCAAACUAUUACGACAGUAGAUCCCAAAAACAUGAAAUACAUAGAGAACUUUAACCAAAUUAUUGGUUUCAGCGUCAUAGAUGUUCAGCAAAUCAGAAAGAUGUACAAUUGCCCAGGAGGACCGCUUCCGAAUAAUUGCAUUGACAAAGAAAAAACACAAGAUUGUGAAUAUUGGAAAAAAACAGGUUUAUGUAAUACAAAUAAACCCUUCAUGUAUUUCCGAUGCCGUAAAACAUGUGACGUCUGUUAAAAAUAAAUUUAAAUUUUUUAA